AUGGCCGAGGAUGGAGGAAGUGUCUCCUCCGGGGUCCCCGACGCCAGGGGCUCGGAGGGUCGCUCCUCUCUGCCCCGGACCUUCAUCCGGCUCAACGACCUGUCCGGGCUCGGGGCGGGAGGCGGGGAGCCGGCGGUGGUGAUGGAGCCCGCGUCCCCGGCCCCCGACGGGGUCUCCACCGGCGGGGAUGAGGCUUCCGCUACCGGCGGGGAGAGCCUCCCUUACCCCACCCUGGCCCCCGUGGUCUUCUUCUACCUGAAACAAACCACCCGGCCCCGGAGCUGGAGCUUUGAUGGCAGCAGGGAGGUGGAGUAUGUGUUCGUGCCUCUGAGGCUUAUUGAAGCAGCUCUGCUGCUGAGGAGGAUUAUUGAUUCAUAA